AUGUCAGAUUCCAACAAAACCGACUUCACCAACCCCUCCACCUUCAUCCUGCUGGGCAUUCCUGGCCUGGAGGCUGCCCAUGUCUGGAUCUCCAUCCCCUUCUGCAUCAUGUACAUCAUAGCCAUCUUGGGGAACUUCACCAUCCUGUUCAUCGUGAAGAUGGAGCUUAGCCUCCAUGGGCCCAUGUACUAUUUCCUCUGCAUGCUGGCCAUCACCGACCUGGUCCUGUCCACAGCCACCAUGCCCAAAAUGCUGAGUAACUUCUGGUUCAAUUCCAGGGAGAUCGAUUUCAGUGCCUGCCUCACCCAGAUGUACUUCAUUGGCUGCUUCUUAGUGAUGGAGUCUGGGAUCUUCGUGGCCAUGGCUUUGGAUCGCUACGUGGCCAUCUGCCAUCCCCUGAGACAUUCCACCAUCCUGGCAAACCCAGUGGUUGCCAAAAUUGGCCUGGCCGUGGUGCUGCGUGGCGGCAUGCUCAUACUGCCCUAUCCCUUACUGGCGAGGCAGUGGCCAUAUUGCAGAACCAACAUCAUCCCCCACACGUACUGUGAGCACAUUGCCGUGGUGAAGCUGGCCUGCGCAGACAUCAGCGUCAGUAGUUACUAUGGCCUCUUUAUGGUAUUCUUUGUGAGGGGUCUGGAUAUGAUUUUUAUUGCUGUGUCCUAUAUCCAGAUCCUCAGGGCCAUCUUCAGCCUCCCCACAAAGGACGCCCGUCUCAAGGCUUUGGGGACUUGUAGCUCCCACCUCUGUGCCAUCUUAGCCUUUUACAUCCCAGUUAUCUUCUCCUCCCUCACACACCGGUUUGGCCACAAUGUGCCCCUGCAUUUCCAUGUUCUCAUUGCCAAUGUGAACCUCCUGGUGCCCCCCGUGCUGCACCCCAUUAUCUACGGGGUGAGGACCAAACAGAUCCGCAACAGGCUGCUCCGGCUCUUUACUCAUAAAAGGACCUAA